UUCAUUGCCACAUUCAUAGAGCUAGAUCGCUGCGUGGGUUCCUGCAGACACAGUUAUGGUGUCUGACAGCAUAUAGCGUUAAUAAACUAGUUUACACCACAGAGGUCGUCGUCCACUGUGCACUCGUUUGUUAAGCGUACGCAAAGGGAGCCAAUUUACAGGAAUUCCACAUACUCUAGGGUGUAGAUAAGAAGUUAAUCGACCGAGAGCACACUUCACAGUGGACGCGAUGAGACUGCUACCUUCUUAUAUGGUCGGAACAUUUAUAGUUCUUCUAGGAAAUGCCUCACCCUCGCGACUCCGAAGACAAAUACCAGGCGAUGCGUGCAGUUCUAGUCCCUGUGAUCACGGCAGUACGUGUGUGAGCGUGAAUGCGAGCACGUUCACCUGCGAGUGUCCUUACGGACGAGCGGGCGAUAGAUGCGAGACAGUCAUGCAGCCGUGCUACCCGAACCCGUGCAAGAAUAAAGGCAUAUGCACUAGGGACGGGCCGGAUGGACUAGGCUACGUCUGCAAAUGUCGUCACGGGUUCACCGGCAGGCAGUGCGACAGCCGCGAGAACCCUUGUCUCGACGACCCUUGCGAAAAUGGCGGCACCUGUUAUCGGGUAGCCGAUGUAACCGUGCCGUUCCAGUGCACGUGUCCGGUUGGCUUCAAGGGCCAGCGAUGUGAGUUCCCGGACGAGCCCUGCUCGCCGCACCCGUGCAAGAACGGCGCGACAUGUCACAACACCAGGACGCAGCUGGAGCGACUAUUCUACUGCGAAUGCCUGGCAGGUUUUACUGGAACAACGUGUGAGGAACUGAGCGUCGAUGAGGUCCCGUUAGAUUAUAACCCGUACAGCCCACACGGCUCGGAUAACUAUAUCCAUGCUGAUACGCAAAGCAUAGAAGAGCAUUGGCGAGCGCUACUACGCAAAUACACACCUAACCCGACGAUAUUGUUCUAACUGGAAGUUGUAGUUGGUUUUGUACAAUACGACACGUGAUUCAAAAUUAUAUUUCUUUUCAUAUUUCUUAUAGCAUUGAAGUUUGUAUCAUCUUGUUUUGUUAUGUCCUGCGCAGUUUGCAGAUUCCAUGCGCAGUAGCGCAGUGUAUGAAAAUGUGUAUAUUGAUUUGGUUGUACAUACAAUGUAACAUGCAUGCCGUGUAGACGCAUUAAAACAUCGAACAAUGUGAUAGUUUCUGACUAUAUGUACAGUUAAUGUUAUCAGAAGGCUAUGCAAAUCAAGCUUCGCUUGAUGGUAUGAUUAGUGAAACGCGUGUUCUAUGCGCGGUAUCUUGCGCAUCAGCGACAUCAAUAAAUAACACGGUAUAAACAUCCGCGUAGCAGCGGAAACCAGUUGCACAACGGUUGGUGAAAUCAGUUCAACUAUAAUUAUUUAUACAGGUAGGUUAAUUAUGAUUCUUAUUGCGCAAGCAAUUCAUAAACAGUAUGCAUAUACGAGGCUUAAAAACGCCAUGGUGUUUAUAACAAUGACUUAAUUAUUAUACAUAUUCAAGAGUUUUACAAUAAACACAACUCGGACAAAAA